GAAUCUACUUUAGAAAUUCGAAAUCGAGAUGCUUCUUCUGACCUCCGGCUUCAUAGACAAGAAAACACAAAAAAAAAACUCUUGAAACGUUAUCCAUGACAUCAUCAUCUUGGACCGAUGAGGAGAAUAGAUAUCAUAUCAAACGUAGUUGGACCAAUAAUUUAACCUUUCUUCUUUAUUCGUUUUCUAUAUAAACGUCCUAUAAUCUAAUAUCCUCUCUCACUCACUGCUUUCAUAAUCAUAUUAUAUACAGUUUUAAUUGUUUCAGAAAAAUUCGGCAAUGGCGGACGAGGUGAUUCUGUUGGAUUUCUGGCCCAGCAUGUUCGGCAUGAGGGCUAGAGUAGCUUUGACCGAAAAAGGUGUUCAGUACGAGUACAGGGAGGAGGAUCUGAAGAACAAAAGUCCCCUGCUUCUAAAGAUGAACCCGAUUCACAAGAAGAUUCCAGUACUGAUUCACAAUGGAAAGCCCGUAUGUGAGUCGCUCGUUAUUUUGCAGUACAUCGAUGAGGUUUGGCCUGGAAAAUCUCCUUUGCUUCCUUCUGAUCCUUACAAGAGAGCACAAGCUCGCUUUUGGGCUGACUACAUCGACAAGAAGGUCUAUGAUUGUGGAAGGAAGACAUGGAGCACAAAAGGAGAAGAGCAAGAGGCUGCCAAGAAGGAAUUCAUAGAAAUUUUGAAGGUGUUGGAAGUAGAGCUUGGGGACAAACCAUACUUUGGAGGAGACAGCUUUGGGUAUGUAGAUGUUGCCCUUAUAGGAUUCUACUGCUGGUUUGAUGCCUAUGAAACCUAUGGCAAAUUCAGCAUUGAGGCCGAGUGUCCCAAGUUUAUUGCAUGGGCCAAGAGGUGUCUGCAGAGGGAGAGUGUCUCCAAAACUUUACCUGAUGGGAAGAAGAUAUGCGAAUUUGCUAGCCAAAUCAGGAAGAAAUCCGGCAUGGAAUAGAGAAAAUCAGAAAGCUUCUAGGUCAUAUAUAGCUUGGUGUUGCUGCUUUAGGAAUUUGUACUCUAGUUUAUGAGCUUUCUUUAUUUCUUUUGUUUCUUUCUUAUAUUUGUGUUGUUGUCUUUGUUGGAGCUGUGCUUUCUUUUCUGCUUAGAGGCAGCUGUGGGUUAUGUAAUAGACACUUGUUGUGUCUGAUCAUCAUGCUAUGUUAAAAUCAGCUGAAACUUUUAUAUCAUAUGCCAAUAAAUAAAUAGAAAGCUUUCUCAUUUGUUUGUUUAA